CCUGUUUGUAAAGAUACAAUCGAACGAACGAAACAGCAAUUUAAGUUUCAACGGCAGCGCGAACGAGACGGCGAAAUCCGCGUCACUGCACUACCGGCCAAUCAUGCGACCAGUACUCGACGUCACUACCGAAUAAGAUUCAAAACAAACAGCAAUUUUUAUGAAAAAAUAAAUUUUAUAGUAGGUACUUACGAAUGAAAAGUGAUGCCGUGGGUUUUAUUUUUAGUUCUUGAGGAAUUUGAGCACUUUUUAAAAACACACUUAGGCAUUGUUUUAUCAUAUAAACACAAGUUUUAUCAUAUAAACACAAAAUAUUAGCAUUAUUUCUCUUUGGCGUUCACAUGUACGUCGUUUGCAUGUCAAGUUGAGACUAAAGCGAUUGUGGUCUUGGGCCACAAUUUAUGCGGAUCAUUUUUGUGAGGCUAGUGCCGUAUCUACACUUUUUGUUUUAAUCUAAGCUCAUACGCCACUUUGAUGUUGCUCAAAAAUUAACUUUGGUCUAUUUUAAAUCAAUGUAAAUUUUUAGCAACACCAAUGUGGCGUAUAAGCGGUUUUGCUUUUCCACUGCCGAUAUGUUCUGAUUUCAUGACAUGAGAAAAGCUGUUAAUUGCAUUGUUUUUGGUGAUAUGUGUAGGAAAAUUCGAUUGAUUUUAAAAUUGAUACGUUUAAGCAAACGUACAGAUACGUAAAUAAUACAUUAGCUAUCCCAUACCCAAGCCACCACCACUUCAAGGAAAACUCACUUUGAAUUACAGCGGCAAUUUAUAACAUACUUCCAUCUCCAGUUUCCGGUGCUAUAGUAGUUUAGUAUUCUUUAAUGUUAUUUUUAAUCGGUGAUAUAGCUCUAUAAACAUUUAAUAAAUCUUUUAAAAUGUAUUGUUAAUAAAAUCGACAUUAAGAGGCAUAUGAAUGUCGUGUUCAGUAUUAAUAACUGUUUGUACUAAGUAACUGAGACCUAAAUUGAAUCUUAUUUUAGUGAACUUAAGAGUCACUCUGAUGAACGUAUUCAACAGGAAAAUGCUAGAUCUUGAGUUGCUUUCGGAAGUUAAUAUAUUUAUUUUGGUAUCAAUGUCAAACAUUUGAGUAAUAUCAUUGAAGUUAUUUGCGACAUGAGUUAAAGUACAUUUAUUAUAAAAUUGAUUUUCUAUAAAUACCUUUGGUAAAAAUACAAAAGUUAUCUCAUGACUUUUUAGCUGAAUAAUCGGGCGCGAAAGCUUCGUCACGUAAACGCUCUCCUCUGAUUGGUUUAGGAUUUAGAUUGUACCAACUUAGCAAAACUUAAAACAAUUUGGCAAUGUUGUCAAAAUUAUUACCAGUCGUCCUGGGCAGGUAAAUAUCGUCGCGUUAUUGAAAUAAAUUAUUUUUCAUAAUGGUUUUUCUUACGAAUCUGGAGUUAUAAGUGAUAAUAGGAUACUACGAGAGCUUUUCUACUUGCUGAUACUAUUUUAGGUCAUCAGUAAUGGUUUGCAAGAGAUAAUAAAGUAUCUGUAAUGAAUUCUCAAACGUUUUCGAGUUCGAGAAAUGGAGAGACAGCAGUGUAAUUCACUUCAAAACUUUGAUGAACCCAAAACUGAAAUUUUGAAAAAAAGACUGCUAAAAUCGAGCAACAAUUCCAUAGGUGCUAACUAUUCUCAAAAUACAUCACAGCAUAAUGUGCUAUUAAAUACUAUUCGUGCGCCAAUAUCAAGCAGCAUGAUUGUGUCCUCUGUGCAUGCCCCACAGAGCUCAAUCCCUAUUACUCACAAUUUAGUAACACAUUCUAUAGCUCCUGUGAAAAUCCAUACAAAUAAUUCUCCCUACCCCCUGCAACUGUCAACAGUUCAUGUACCAGUACAGAUUCCUGGCUCCAAUUCAAAUAUCAAUGUUCCUGUGCAAUUGUCAGGUGCGACUAGUAGCGUUCCUUUACAAAUUGCUCCAGUGAGUUUACCGUUGCAAGUGUCAGGCUCUACUAGUGUUCCUGUACAAUUAUCAGCUGGUGACACAAUUAAUGUCCCUCUACAAAUUCCUGGCAAUCAGAACAUCCAAUUAACCGGGCCCACUUUACCUUCUAUGCCAUUACUUCAAAAUCCAGCUCAGCCGCUACACAGUUCAAUUAUCCAUGUACAUAUGGGAUCUAAUCCUAGGACCACGAGCAUGGAUAACGGAUCCGAUAUGACUGUUUCUAGCACUACUCAAAUGCAAUUACCUGAUUCAUCAGGAGUACAAAUGAAAUUAAAUAAUCCUACAUCGGUUUCUCAAGUACAAGUCGGAACAAACUCUAAUGUAAUGCAGAUCCCAAGCUCCUCCAACAACUCUAUACAGUUAGCUCUGCCGAAUAAUGGUAACUCGGGUACUGUGCAACUGAGAGGCUCUACACGGACCGUGCCCCAUAUGGUGUACAUACAAACUCCAAAUGGUCUGAAACCUGUCACAAGCACAGAAGUCAUAAGUCAAGCAAGUACAAGUGGAAACCCUCCACAAAUUAUUGUAAGAAGACCUGUAACAAGUAGUUCAAAUUACCUUAUAUCUAAUGUGAGCAAUAAACCUAACAUUGCACCCAAAGUCACUCAAAACAAAUCCUCUAUACUUGCCCCUGUGAAUGCUACUCAGCCCAUUGUUAUCCAGAAACCAAAAACUACUGAGAAAAUGGUUGUUCCAGUGAGUAUUGCACCUCAAGGCAAACAGGCUAUUGCGUACCUCAGCUCUGUGAAAAAACCUGCUCCUAAAAACAUUACUGAGAGCCAAUCAAUACUCAUUUCUCAUAAUCAACAGAAUGUUAGCACAAAUAAUCAGAAACUUUUUAUAACACCCAUGAAUAUGCCCAAAAUUCAAAACACCAAGUUUAUACUACCGGUUAAUUUACCUGCAAGUAUGUCAUCAAAGGGACCAAUAAUAAAUCUUCAAAUAGCAAACGGUCAAAUUCAAAAUGAUCCUCAAGGAAGCAUCACCGUUAUGAGGGAUACUGCCGGCAUGGAAAACACAGAAAUGCCUCCUUUGCAGCCUCUUGCAAAAAUGAUGAAUAUGAAUGGAAAAGAAACAAAUCCUUUGCCACAAAGCCCUCUAAGUGAGAAAUCUUUUACACUGUCUAUACCUGGAUCAAGAGCAGAGCCAACUGGAGAGCAGGGUGAAUACACACUCUCCAUCCCUGAAACCAAUGCUUCCAUGAAUGAUGAUAUUUAUACAGUAUCCAUAGCUGAUGAUGAAGGUAACCAAACGCACGAGAAGUCAUUUACAUUAUCCAUACCUGAAAAAGGUAAGAGUUUGUUAAAAAAUAUGGACAGAAAUGAAACAUGCACAGGGCCAGCUGCACCUGCAAUAUUGAGACGUUCUAAUUCAGACAACAGUGAAAGAAAAACUGUUAAUGCUAACAUCAAGAGACGCAUCUCAUUGUGCACAGACAACUUUUCAAACAAAGGUUUCAAAUUCAGUCUACCUCACGCAAAAAUUGUUGAAAAACAUUCAGAAAUAGAUGAGCCUGACAAUAACGAUGAUCAUCGUGUACCGUCUCUUUUCUGUGAUGAAAAAUUAGAUAAAGAUUUAGAUGCUAAGGUCAAUCUGGUUGAUUCAGACCCUGAUGAAUAUAAAGAAGUCAAAUCAGACACCAGCUUUGACAAAAGUAAUCAAAACAUGUAUUAUAAUAAAAUUGAUGAUUUUGUGAAAAAAGAUAUUUCAACAAGAGUUAAAAGAGAUAGCCUGGAUAGUACUUUAGAAGAAGAUCCACCGGGAUUGAUUUGGAGUAAUGGGGUUGCUUUAUUACACGGUAGCAAUAUACAAUUCCAAACAAACGAGUUUGGUCUCAUUGAUCUUAUUGAAAAUAGUGAUAAUGAAGAUAUGACACUCAACCCUAGUACAAAAUAUCAUACACCUCUCAAACAAAGAAUAGAACGAAACAGUAGGGACAAGAAACCAACUUCUCCAGAAGACAUGUACCGUUGCGACGGCUGCGGCUGUCAUGGUAUGGCUGCAGAGUUCAUAACUCCAAACUUCUGUAGUUUAACUUGUCAAAGCGAGGUUCAAAAAGCUUUGCAAAAGAAAAAGGACAGGGAAAGAAUAGAAUUGACCAAGAAGAGGAAUAAAAUGAAGAAAUUGCUGAUGCGCAAGCAUAUAUCCGAGUCUGAUUUAUUCUUGGAGAGCAACGAAAAGCCGUCACUCAAGCACUAUGACAGCGCACCAGCCGAAGGGUUGACCGACGUGGCUUUAAUGAAGAUGGGUGAAGAUUCGUUCGAGAACGACAAGUAUCCGUGGAUGUGCGGGAAAAGUGGUUUUUCGUGGAUGCGGUACUUGGAUGUUUGCAAGGCGAAAGAUGCUCCGGUGAAGUUGUUUAAAGAUCCGUUUCCAUAUACUCGGAACGGGUUUAAAGUGGGGAUGCGUAUGGAGGCGAUAGAUCCGCAGCAUCCCUCUAUGUUCUGCGUGGUGUCGGUGGCGGAAGUGCAGGGGUUCCGCAUGCGGCUGCACUUCGACGAGUACCCGGAGCUGUACGACUACUGGGUAAAUGCGGACUGCGCGGAUAUAUUCCCGCCCGGCUGGUGCGAGAAGAACGGCCGCUCGUUGAAGCCGCCCGCUAACUACUCCUCAUCCUCCUUCUCGUGGCCGCUAUAUUUGAAGCAAGUUAAAGCGGUCGCUGCGCCCAAACAUUUGUUCCUUCACGUCACUAGUUCAAUAUUCAAACCGACCUGCUUCCGUGUGGGCAUGAAAUUGGAAGCCGAGGACCGUAAGAACGAGCUGGUGUGCGUUGCCUCCAUAGCUGAGAUGAUGGACAGCCGGAUGCUAAUCACCUUCGAUAGUUGGGAUGAGAUCUACGACUAUUGGGUGGAUCCCACUUCGCCAUACAUUCACCCCGUUGGAUGGGCUGAGGAGAAUGGACUCUCGCUGACUCCACCUAACUUCUACAAGGAUCCGGACAGCUUCUCGUGGGAGAACUACCUGUCGGAGACGGGUGCGUCGGCGGCGCCGCCGCGUGCGUUCAAGCCGCGCCCGCCGCAGGGAUUCAAGCCGGGGAUGAAGCUGGAGGUCGUUGACCCCAAGGUACCGUUCCUGAUUCGCGUGGCGACGAUAAGCGCGGUGAAGGGCCACCAGGUACGCGUCUCGUUCGACGGCUGGCCCGACGAGCUCUCCGAGUGGCUGGACGACGACUCCCCCGACAUGCACCCCGUGGGCUGGUGCCUCAAGACCGGCCACCCGCUGGAGCCCCCCCUCACGGCGGAGGAGCUGUCGGUGACCGGUCCGUGCGGCAUGGGAGGGUGUCGGGGACUGGGCUCGUCGGGGGGCGGCGCGCACAAGCAGCACAACGCCGCGUCCACGUGCCCCUACCGCCCGCGCCCGCCCCCGCCCGACCGCCUCGCCCCGCCCCACCCCCAGCACGUGUCGCCGCGCGAGCGCAGGUCAGUACCAGGGACCGGUCCGUGCGGCAUGGGAGGGUGUCGGGGACUGGGCUCGUCGGGGGGCGGCGCGCACAAGCAGCACAACGCCGCGUCCACGUGCCCCUACCGCCCGCGCCCGCCCCCGCCCGACCGCCUCGCCCCGCCCCACCCCCAGCACGUGUCGCCGCGCGAGCGCAGAGUAUUGAGUAAAGCCCCAAAAUCUAUUACAACAAGCACGCCGACGAGCGACACUGCCAAAGAUAUAAGGUCAUUACCCUUGAAAGGCAGACCGCCCAAGCAUAAGCGUGUUGAGGAAGUUGUCAAAGGUGACGUGAUAUCGGACGACGAUUCAGUCUCGAGCGGCGGCGGUAAGCGUUGGCGCGGAAGCGAGAGCGAACGCGGGAAUGAGAACAAAGAUGCGAACAGCGAACCGUCCAACGAGCUCCCUAGCUCUAUGAAAAACCAAGAAGAACAGGAUUUAAAGCCCCGAACGAAGGAAUCUCAGUCGAGGCGGUCCGUUUCCAACGCGGUGAUGAGCAGCGAACCGCGAGCGCAUCUAGCCAGACAUAUCGCUGAAUUAGAUCUGCCAGCAGACCCUACUACUUGGACAGAGAAAGAGGUGGUGAUGGUGGUCGGCCGCGUUUGCGGUGCGGGCGCGGGCGCUGCCGCCGCCGCCGCCGGCCUGCGCGGCCCCUCCCUGCUGAUGGCCUCCCGCGCCGAGCUCGCGCGCGCGCUGCGGCUGCGGCUCGGACCCGCCGUCAAGGUAUACGCAGCGGUACAACUACUCCGCGAGGCGUGCUCGUGAUGCCGCGACUUGCGGGAGCGCGCCCUCCGCAUCCUGGUGUGAGCUCCCUCCACUCUUCACCUUUAUCACUACCUCUACACUACUCUAACACAACUUAAAAAAAUCAUAUCUCAGACAACACUUUAAACAACUUGGCAAGGGCGGAUCCAGCUUUGGCGCCAGGGAGGGUCAUAUAGUCGUGGUCAAGUCACAGUGGGUACAGAUUGUGAAGUGGGUACAGAUGGACCCAGUCCAGGGGGGGUCAUAUAGUCGUGGUCAAGACACAGUGGGUACAGAUUGUGAAGUGGGUACAGAUGGACCCAGCCCAGGGGGGGUCAUAUAGUCGUGGUCAAGACACAGUGGCUACAGAUUGUGAAGUGGGUACAGAUGGACCCAGCCCAGGGGGGGUCAUAUAGUCGUGGUCAAGACACAGUGGCUACAGAUUGUGAAGUGGGUACAGAUGGACCCAGCCCAGGGGGGGUCAUAUAGUCGUGGUCAAGACACAGUGGCUACAGAUUGUGAAGUGGGUACAGAUGGACCCAGCCCAGGGGGGGUCAUAUAGUCGUGGUCAAGACACAGUGGCUACAGAUUGUGAAGUGGGUACAGAUGGACCCAGCCCAGGGGGGGUCAUAUAGUCGUGGUCAAGACACAGUGGGUACAGAUGGACCCAGCCCAGGGGGGGUCAUAUAGUCGUGGUCAAGACACAGUGGCUACAGAUUGUGAAGUGGGUACAGAUGGACCCAGCCCAGGGGGGGUCAUAUAGUCGUGGUCAAGACACAGUGGCUACAGAUUGUGAAGUGGGUACAGAUGGACCCAGCCCCCCAGGUCAUGACCCCCAUGACCCCCCCUCUGGAUCCGCCCUUGCAACUUGGGCAUUUCAAAUAAUACCUUUUUGUUUCUUGUUCUUUUACAUCUUGGGCCCAACCUCAUGCCAAACGACUGAGGUGUGCUGCGGAAACAAAUACCAUGUUUCUAUCUGUCUCAUAUUGUACCAAGUACCAUACUUUUGAUACCAAGCCACUGUGUGUAGAACUCCGUCACAUUGAAUGAGUGGUAGACUCAUGAACGGAUUGCUGGUACAGAAAGUGAUUGUAUGUUUAAUGUAAUUUGGUAUGUUUCAGAAGUGUUUGUACUUACAUUGACAUGUUAUUGCUGUGUUUUUCUAUACCCUCUUAUUAAAAAACGAAUAGUUAGCUUGGAAUAGCUAUGCAAUCUUAUGUCACUGUUCAUCGCUCAUGAGUCAUUUGAGUUAUAUCUGUGACGUAAAAACAAUUGAACGGACUCACAAGUGAGCCCUAAGUUUCUAAUACACCCCUAUAUUCGGAAUUCAUAUAUUUACCUUAUUCGUCCGUGUUUGGGUUAUAUCUUUAUAUAUAUAAUUCUUCUGUGAGUGUGUAUGUCACUGAACUUCUCUUAAGCGACUGGACCGAUUUUGAUGAAAUUUUUUGUGUGUGUUCAAGGGGAUCUGAGAAUGGUUUAGAUUCACAAAGACGUGUAGACAGGACAACGUCUGUCGGGUCCGCUAGUAUAUAUAUAUAUAUGUACAGAGCGUCCCACGGCUACCUCACACGGAGGGAAAGUAUAUUAAAUAUUGAAGAUAGGAUAUUUUACUGAAAGAAGACAUCAUUUUAUUUUAAUAUUAAUUAGAACUGCAUUCACAGUUUUUUUUUAAUUCGCCUGCUACAACUGGGAUUCAAACUCGUGAAAUUUCGAAAAAAAAAACACGACAUAUUUUAAGAUAGCCAUCGAAAGGGUUAAUCAUAAGUAUUAUUAUUUGCUGUAUCUGUAUAUAUAUAAUUCUUCUGUGAGUGUGUAUGUCACUGAACUUCUCUUAAACGACUGGACCGAUUUUGAUGAUUUUUUUUGUGUGUGUUCAAGGGGAUCUGA